AACAAACAAAACAACACCUUCGGAGAGGAAUUUCGAGAAUCCGAAGAAAGCGGCCAAAAUCAGAAGAUACUUUCUCUCCCGUGGACGAUCUCCUUUUCUUGCAGGCGUAACCCUAAUUUGAUCAUCUUGUCUUAUCUGCUUGUGAUCCUACUUAAAACGCGCUUGAUUCGAAUUGCAGGGUCCACGAUCGUCAUUUUCUUUUGAGAUUUUGUUGGAAGAUUGUUGAUUAGGUGGUUGUGGCUUUGAGGUGCUUCUUGGGCGGCGAGGAAGGGUUGGAAUUUGUUAGGGAGGGAGGGGAGAGAAGAUGAACAGUAAUCAGAAGAAGAGGAACUUUCAGAUAGAGGCGUUCAAGCACAAGGUGGUGGUGGAUCCCAAAUACGCCGACAAGACUUGGAAGAUACUCGAACAUGCGAUUCAUGAGAUUUACAAUCAUAACGCUAGUGGCCUUAGCUUCGAAGAGCUUUAUAGAAAUGCUUACAAUAUGGUUCUGCACAAGUUUGGUGAGAAGCUAUACUCAGGACUUGUGUCAACCAUGAAUUUCCACCUAAAAGAGAUAUCCAAAUCUAUAGAGGCUGCUCAGGGUGGCUUGUUUCUGGAGGAGAUGAACAAGAAAUGGGCAGAUCAUAAUAAGGCACUGCAGAUGAUCCGUGACAUUCUGAUGUACAUGGACAGGACUUUUAUUCCAAAUACCCAAAAAACUCCUGUUCAUGAGCUUGGACUGAACCUCUGGAGGGACAAUAUCAUCCACUCUAGUAAAAUUCAAACAAGGCUUCUUAAUACACUUCUUGAACUGAUACUGAGAGAACGGACUGGUGAAGUUAUAAACCGGGGUCUAAUGAGGAACAUAAUAAAAAUGCUAACUGAUCUUGGACCUUCAGUUUAUCAAGAAGACUUUGAGAAGCCUUUUCUUGAAGUUUCAGCUAAUUUCUACAGGGUUGAGUCUCAGAAGUUUAUUGAGUGCUGUGAUUGUGGGGACUAUCUAAAGAAAGCUGAAAAACGACUAAAUGAAGAGAUAGAGAGAGUGUCUCAUUACUUGGAUGCGAAGACUGAAGCUAAGAUAACUAAUGUUGUGGAGCAGGAGAUGAUCGCUAACCAUAUGCCAAGACUAGUCCACAUGGAGAAUUCAGGUUUGGUAAACAUGCUUCUUGAUGAUAAGUAUGAAGAUAUGGAAAGAAUGUAUAACUUGUUCCGUAGGGUGCCAAAUGGCCUCUUAACAGUACGAGAUGUCAUGACUUCUCACAUGAGGGAAACUGGCAAACAGCUUGUCACUGAUCCUGAAAAGUUGAAGGAUCCUGUGGAAUUUGUCCAGUGCCUUUUGGAUGAGAAAUACAAGUAUGAUAAGAUCAUAAGCCAGGCAUUUAACAAUGACAAGACUUUCCAGAAUGGUUUGAAUUCUUCUUUUGAAUUCUUUGUUAAUCUGAAUCCUCGAUCUCCUGAGUUCAUUUCAUUGUUUGUAGACGAUAAACUGCGAAAAGGUCUGAAGGGGGUGAGUGAAGAGGAUGUAGAGGUUAUUCUUGACAAGGUGAUGAUGUUGUUCCGUUACUUGCAGGAGAAGGAUGUAUUUGAGAAGUACUAUAAGCAGCAUUUGGCAAAGCGACUCCUAUCUGGAAAAACUGUAUCUGAUGAUGCAGAGAGAAGUUUGAUUGUGAAGCUUAAGACAGAAUGUGGGUACCAGUUUACUUCAAAACUAGAAGGCAUGUUCACGGACAUGAAAACCUCCCAGGACACUAUGCAGGGAUUUUAUGCCAGCCAUGGUGCUGAUUUAGGAGAUGGCCCAACACUGGUUGUCCAGGUUCUGACAACUGGGUCUUGGCCCACUCAGACUAGCGUAACUUGCAAUUUGCCUGCUGAAAUGUUGUCUCUGUGUGAGAAGUUCAGGUCAUAUUACCUUGGGACCCAUACUGGCCGCAGAUUGUCUUGGCAGACUAACAUGGGAACUGCUGAUCUGAAAGCAACCUUUGGUAAAGGCCAAAAGCAUGAACUAAAUGUGUCUACUUACCAAAUGUGUGUUCUCAUGCUGUUUAACAAUGCUGAUCGGCUUAGCUACAAGGAGAUUGAACAAGCCACAGAGAUUCCAUCGUCUGACUUAAAGAGGUGCUUGCAAUCUCUUGCUUGUGUUAAGGGAAAAAAUGUUCUUCGGAAAGAACCCAUGAGCAAAGAUAUUGCAGAGGAUGAUGCAUUUUUGGUUAAUGACAAGUUUACGAGCAAGUUCUACAAGGUGAAGAUAGGAACUGUAGUUGCACAAAAGGAGUCGGAACCUGAAAAACAAGAGACCCGGCAGAGAGUUGAGGAGGACAGAAAACCCCAGAUUGAAGCUGCAAUAGUGAGAAUCAUGAAGUCAAGGAGAGUUCUGGAUCAUAACAAUAUUAUUGCUGAGGUAACAAAGCAACUCCAGUAUCGUUUCUUGGCCAACCCUAGUGAGAUUAAGAAACGUAUUGAGUCUCUUAUCGAGCGGGAUUUCUUGGAGAGAGAUAGUUCAGAUAGACGAUUGUAUCGAUAUCUUGCGUGAAGAAACAGCUUGGAGAGACCUCAUGUUUGUUGGUGCAGUGGGCGAUGCUGGCAUCAAUGACAAAAUUUCUUCUUCCCAGGAUGGGGCAUGACUGAGUGGAUCUCUUUGCAGGAUCAGGUAAGUGGUUCACCUUCACCCAUGUGUGUUCUAUUUAGAAAGUGUACAAUAGUAGCUCUUGAGGGUUUAGAACAUCUUGUCACUUCCUUUUUAUAAAUAAAGAUGUAUAUAUCACGAAAACUGCCUUAAAGGGGGCAAACAAUAUGCAAAAGACAGGAAACUAGAAAUUCACAUUAUCCGCCACCAAGAACUAAAUGAUCAUUAAUAAACUGCCCAGAAGAGAACAAACAAAAAGGACAGUCCACCUUCAACCCAAGUGAAAAGGUCAUUCUCAACUUUAUAUGCCCUAAAAAGCUUCCCUAUUCCUUUUCAUACUACGAGGGUGUUUGGCUUAGUUUAACUUAUAGGAGCUUUAAGCUCUAGAGCUUAUAAGUUGUAAGAGCUUAGGCCACUUUGGUCUUUUACUUGGUCAAGAAAAGUUUUCUUGAAAUAGCUUAUAAGCUCACCAAAAAAAGGUUAGGGAGGACCAAUUUUGAAAAGAGCUGUUGGAAGAGCUUACAAGUCCUUUCAUGUUAGCUAAGAAGAGAAAGAGAGGGAGAGAGGAAUUAAGCCAAGUGAAAUACAUAACAGGCAAAAGCAAUAAAGUACAAAAUGAAGGGGUGAUCAAGUAGAGACAGAAUAUUUUUCAAAAUUGUUCAUUUAAUAAAGGUGGAGAAAUAAGGGGGGGCAUCUUAUAAACUUUGAAGAAGAUGGAAAUUACAUGCUCUAUAGAUGUAUGUGUUCAAAUGAAAUAUAGCUAACAUUAAGAAAAAUGAAAAAUAAUAAAGUAGUUUUGGACCAAAUAAUAGACCAAUAAAAGUAUGGAAAUGCAUGGGAGAAAGAGGGCUUUUUUUGUUAAUGUAAUUUUUUUUAACGUGAUUCUUAAAUUAGAAAGGAUGUGGGAUUGGUGGAUAAGGAGAACUUUAGUGCUUAUUUACAAAAAUAAUGGAGAUAUUCAAAGUUGUGAAAAUUAUUGAGUCGAGAUAAUGAGCAGACUAAGAAACUUUGGAAGAGAGUGAUUGAACAAAGAUUAAGAAGAGAAAUCAAUGUGUCAGAAAACCAAUUUAGUUUUGGGUCUAAUAGGUCAUGGGAAACUAUAUCUUUGCUAAGGCAUGUAAUGAAAAGGUAUACAAAUAAAUAAAAUGGUUUACUUAUGGUGUUUAUAGAUAUAGAAAAAAUUUAUAACAGUUUUUAGAGAAGUCUUAUGGAGGGUUUAAGAGAAGGAAAGACUUUAAAUUGUUUAUAAAAUAUCAUGGUUCAAAAACAUGUAUUAGAAUAUGUGGAGGAGAUACUAAGAUUUUUUCAAUUACAAUGGAGUUACACUAAUCAUAUCUAGGUGAAGUUGUUUUGUCAUGAACUAUUGCAAAUAACAUUGUGUUGGUAGCUGAGACAAAAAAAUGCAUGCGUAUUAAGCUUGAGAUAUGGAGAGAGACUCUAGAAUUGGUUUUAAAUUACGUAGAUCGAAUUGAAAAUAAGGAAUUCUAAGUAUCGUAAAAAUAUAAGUGCGGUGAUGUAAUGGUAAAAUUGGAAGAUCAAGUUAUACCAAGAAAAUAUCAGUCUAGAUGUCUUAGAAUGAUCAUUCAAAAAGAUCUGGAAGUUAAUGAAAGACAUUACCCAAAAAAUUAAAAUAGGAUGGUUAAAGCUAAAAGGAAGAUUUAUAAGAUCAAUUUCAUUAUAUGAUGCAGAAUGUUGGGCAGUGAAGCACCAAUAUGUGUAAAAUGAGUGCUAAUGGAGAUGAGAAUGUUGAGAUGCAUGUGCAACAUAUAAGAAAAUAUAAAAGCAAAAGGCAUAAAUAUGCCUCUUUAACUUUGCCCUUGUAGCCAUUUUGGCCCCCUCAACUUUAGAGUAGACCUAUUAUGCUCUUGAACUUUUAAUUUUGGAACAAUCACACCCCUCACCUAGCAAUAUGAUGUGUAUGAGUUACACGCGGUUUGAUGUGGGCCCCCUCAUUGACCAAGCUAAUGAGAAGACGCCACGUGUCUCGACGCUGCAAGAGAAGAGGCAGGGCUGGCAACAAACGACAUGGCAGAGGUUGGAGCUGGCGACCCUGGCUUUGUAGGGGAGGAAGGUGGUGAAGACAACGAAGACCCUAGUGGCACUCGAUACCGUCGAUUCACAAGUCCAUUUGCUCGGUCUUGCCGUCGAUUCACAAACACAAACUAGUUGAGUCGUCAUUGAUUCACAACUCCGUUUGCUCGGUGUCACCAUCUAUGUGACAAACUAGGUUGAGUCGCCGUCGAUUCACAACUCCGUUUGCUUAGUGCCGUCAUCCAUUCAUAAACACAAAUUGGGCUGAGUCGCGGUUGAUUCACAAACAUGAAUUGACGUUUCCAUGCUCGGUACCACUGUUUUCGUGCAACACAAAUCAUUGCUACCCCUUGCCACCUUCGAUUCAUGAACACAAAAUCUGAUCGCUCAAUGCCAUCGUCAAUUUUGCAGCAAGAAGGCGAGACCAGGGUUGGUCAGCAGCGAGGAAAGAGGGACCAGGGUCAGUUGGCGGCGAAGAAGGCGAGAGGUUAGUUGGGUCAAGGAAUGCGAGAAGUUGGCUAAGUUGAGGAAGGCAAGAGGUCAAUCAGCAGCGGGGUAGGCAAGAGGUCUAUUGGCGACGACAAGGCAAGAGGUUGUUGGUGCAGGUAAUGAGAAAGAAGAUGAUGAUGGAUGUUGCCUUCAUGCUCCUCAAUUGCACGUGUGUUCACGCACUAUGCUCAUUGAACCCUAGGGGUGUGAUUGUUACAAAAUUAAAAGUUGAGUGUUAAAGGUUGUUUCAAGUAUAUGGUAUAAGAAAAAGAUGAUGGCAGUAGCAGUGAAUGAUGGCAAUUCGCUAGAGUUCCUUUUGAAGAUUUUAGAUAGAAGUUGUAACCCAAACUGUAAUUAGUUAUAAUUUAGAGGUUAAACUGUAAAUAUUUAAUAAUAUUCAUUGGGAUAUUCACCCACUAUUAUAAAUAAAGGGCAAGGAGUAGCAAAUGCAAAGGGAGUUCUCAUUUUUCUGUUUGUAACGAGUGCUGAUUGUUUCUGAGAGAAAGGCUAGGGUUGUUAGCUUUGUAAUCUUGGGGGAAAACAAUUGGGGCACUCGGGAAUAGAAGGGAGAGAAGGGCCACUACUGUACUGAUCGAUUUCUGGAAAUAAAGACUGCUCUCGGGAGGAUCUUAGAGGCUGGAUGUAGUGCCAAUUCAAUUGGCAUGAACCGGGAUAAAAGUUUGUCUUCUUAUAUGGUUUGAAUGCUUUCUUUCUUGUUCUAUUCUUACUUAAAUUUUGUUCUUUAUUGAUUGUUUGUGUUGUAGUGUGUUAGACGAUGAGUUGUGAGUGUUUGGAAGGGUGUUUGAUCGGUUUCUUGGAGGGUUUAAAGGCUGCCAGUGCUCCCAAUUUAUAACAAAUUGGUAUCAGAGCCGGCCCUCUCAUCAAGAACUUAGAAUUUCAUCACAUACCUGCAGGAAUGGCUUCUAUAGCCUCUGUCGUACGAUAUGAUGUUGAGAAAUUUGAUGGCCAAAAUGAUUUUGGCCUAUGGAAGAUGAAGAUGAGAGGAAGGGCUCUCAUCUUCAUCUUGGACUGGAGGAAGCCUUAAAGGCUAAAAAGCCUAUGCCCGAAACCCUAACUGAAGUCCCAAAAAAAGGAAACCAGGGACAGGAGAAAAGAAACCAACAAAAGAGCCUUUAACACCCUUAUUCUAAGCCUAGGAGACAAAGUCUUGCGGGAGGUGUCAAAGAUGUCAACCGUGAAGGAGCUUUGGAAUAGGUUAGAUGCACUUUAUAUGACUAAAACCCUCUCCAACCUGCUGUUCUUGAAAACAAAUUUUUUUUCUUUCAAGAUGAGUGAAAAUCAAAGGUUGCAAGAUCAUAUGGACAGUUUUAAUAAACUGUGUUUGGAUCUUGAGAAUAUAAAUAUUAAGUAUGAAGAUGAGGAUAAGGCUUUGGUUUUAUUGCACCCUCUUCCUAAGUCCUAUGAGACCUUUGUGGAUAUCUUGAAACAUGAAAGAUAUAAGCUGACCCUAGAUGAUGUGAUAGGAGUUUUGAAUUCCAAGGAUUUGCAGCACAAAGUAGAGUCCCAGAAAUCUACCAUAGAAGCUUUGGCAGUAAACUUUAGAAUAGAAAAAGAAGACCCUAGUUUUAAAGAUAGGUCUCAGUCUAAGUCUAGGAGUGGCAAGAAAGUGAUUAAAUGCUUUCAUUGCCAUGAAGAAGGGUAUAUGAAGAAGAAUUGCUCAAAUAGGAAGAAAGAAUCCCAAGAAAGAACCAGCCUCGAAUGUUCAAACACCAUGUGUGGUUUUGGCUAUGAGAGUGCGGAUGUCCUAUAGUCUUUCUAGGAAUGCAGUAAAAAUAACAUAGGUCCUAGGGUUAGGGUGUAAUUCUCAUAGGAAAAGGGUUUUUACCCAUAGAGACAUGGUGGAGGGGAAAUGGUUUGUCUAGGCAACAACUAAGGUCAAGGAAAUUGGAGAUGAGAGAAAUUAGGAUGCAUGGUAGAGUUGUUCCAGAUUAUUCGAAUCUGUAAAAUAUGUCCUUGUUUUUUAAUAACAAGCCUAAUGUCCUUAGGAAUAAUUAGAUAGUGAGAAUUGGAGUCCUAAGAGUUGUUGGGAUCUCUUAGAGAAAUGGAAGCAACCCUCAAGAAUAGAGGAUAUGUGGUGCAUGCUUGCAGGUUUUGUGGAUAAGUUGCAACCACUAAGGAUAGCCUAUGAUAAGUUAGGUUAGGUCAUUUCUUGAGGAUAGCUUACAAUGGUGAGCAAGAAUUAGGAAAUGUAUCUAAGGCUAGGGAUAUUAGGGGAUGGGAAAAUUUGCAGGUGUAUAGGAAUAGGAACCAUGUAGUUUUGUCUAGAUCUCCAAAUGUAGAAGUCUCCAAAAUCAGUAAAUCCCAUUAGAAAUCAGUUUCUAAAAUGUUUUGGGAACCUAUCUAGGCUUGUCUCAUGGUGGAGCUAGUUGAGGUGAACCUAGUAGAGAUGGUAUGUCUCUAAGGAAUUCCCAAGCGUAUAUGAGCUUGUUGGAAUUAAGUAUGAGCUUGCUGGAAAUUACUUUUGGUAUGAAAGCUUAGGUGGUUUAGAGUUGUGGAAUAGGUAUGCCUAGGUCUUCAAAAGCUAGGGUUCUUACCUAUAUGGGAAAACUCUACCAAUAGGACAUGAAAUUAGCUGAUGCUAAGGGCAAGGGAUGAAAUCUGGGAUGCUGUGUAAAGAAAACAGCAAGGAGAAACCUUUGGGAAUGUCCUAAACUAACCUAUGAACCAGGGGAUAGCAAUAGGGAAAUCUAGAAAAUGUUUGGUCACAUUCAUUGUGUAAGCUUGGGUUAGAUUGUGAGAGGGAGGAAGCUAGUAUAGUUUUGGCUCUUGCAGUGAGGGUCCUUGUGAACAGUGAGGGGAAAAGGGUGUGUGCAAGGGUUGUUUUGUAUGGUGAAGCCCAUGGCUAAUCAAAAUCUGGAUUAAGCAAUGAAAUGGGAGGAGAAUCAUCUUGUAGGUAAUGAGCAAGGGAAUAAAAGGUCUAGUGUUGCCUAGGAUGGGUAAAAGAUAGAACCUCAAGCAAUCUACCAGUGAGGUAUGGAAUGUUGGGUUUGAAGGAUGCUUAGGCUCAAGUUUGAGUGCUAAGGAGCAGGCUGGAAAAUAGAACCUCUUGUAUAAGAAGAGGUGAUGCACUCUUGUCCAAAUGAAUGGCAUGGAGCCAUGUAAAUUUGGGGAGAAUGUUGGACUUAGAUGAAAGAUCCCUUAUGUUAACGGGGUGGAGUGCUAUGAAGUGUCUAUUUGAGAAUUAAGGAAGGUGUUGGAAAUGGAGAAAAGUCUAGAAAAAAUGCUAGACAAAUGGCCAUUGAAAGAUCCCUUAUGUUAACGGGGUGGAGUGCUAUGAAGUGUCUAUUUGAGAAUUAAGGAAGGUGUUGGAAAUGGAGAAAAGUCUAGAAAAAAUGCUAGACAAAUGGCCAUUGAUUAAAGCAACACAUGCAGGCUUAAUUUGGAUCAAAUAGGUAUCACUAACAACCAUUAUCCAUGUGGAAACUAAGGGAAAAGUGAUCUCAUAGUAUAAGCCAAGGGAUAAGAGGCUAGAGGGAAAGGUAAGCAAAGAUUGGUUGCUUAGAAGGUCUCUCUAGGUAUGAGGUAUGAUAGUAGUUCCUUAGGUAAGAUAUAAGAUUGGAAGAGUCCAAAAGGGUUAAAAUUGAGUGCAUAGGGAAGCUGUGAAUAUUCCAGUAGUAUGCUUAGUAUAUUGAUGGACAGUUUUAUUGGUAUUUUCUCCAAAAUAUAACUCUCAAGGUGUAGCUGAGUGUUUAGAUCAGUGUUUGAGAGUGUGAGAGGAAGGAUAAGUUGGGAAAUACUAAGGCAUAGAUAGUGGAAUAGGGUUUGAACAGCUUAAGGCAACAUAGGUUACCCUAAUCAUAAGCAUAUUUUAGUAGUCUGGUAGGUAGAGAUGAGCAGUCCUAUUUGUUUGAAGCAAACAUUAGAGGAAGAAUAGUGAUAAAGCCUAAAAGACCUGUUUUGGGGAGGUAGGAAUAAAAUCUAGCAGUGGAAAGGCCAAUCCGGGUGAGGUUCACUGUGUUGUGAUGCUGUGUAAAAAGUUUGGACACUUUUGGAUUAAUGAGUAUCAUUGAGUAUGGAUUUGGUUUAUGGUGGAGUGUACCUAGACACUAUGGAGAAACCAAUCAUAUUGGUGUUAGGAAUGUAUCCCUUAAGAAAAUCCCUUGAGGAGGAUAAUAUAUAAUGAGAGUUGCAGGUUUAGUUAUUGCAGCUGAUUUUAUCCAAAUGUGGUCCAUUGUUAUGUCUUACAGCAUUGAUUUGUUUUCUUUGAUGUUUGUUUUGUGUUUGAGU